GAUGCUGCUUCGCAUGCGCACCUCCUUCGUGUACUAAUCUAACACUAGGAACAAUACAUCACGGCUCCCUCUUCCCUCCUCCCUUUCUUUUCCUUUACUUGGUUGUUGACAGCACGUCGAUCGCGUGAUCCCACAUUGUGUCUUCGCUGAUCGCCGUCGUCAUUAUCAGCUUUUAUUGUUCUUCUUGCUCCUCUUGAUUCCCCCGGCGGCUUCUGCUGCACUGCGGAGGCCGUCUUGCAUUGGCACUGGCGACGCUGCGCCGACACAUGGCGGCUAUCGAUGCCGGACGGCAGCGCAACCCCGGCGUGCCGCAGGAGGACGACGGGGCGCCGCAGAAAGUCGCGCACUACUGGACGCAGUUUAAGCAUAAAGCCCUCAGUCUCGUGUCGGAUGAGCCGCCCGCGGAUGAGGCGCUGCUCACGCAGAUGCCCGAGGAGCCGGGCUAUAUGGACGGCCUAUCGGAGAUGACGGACCUGAGCUACACCCAGCGCAUCUCCGGCUUCUUGAUGAUGAUGGGCAUGGGCAUUCUUUUUGUCCUGCUCGGCUUGUUUCUGUGGAUGUCGCCGAAGCGAUUCGCGUUCUUCACGACGUGCGGCAACGUUUUCUGCGUGUGCUCGACCAUGUUUCUCGCAGGCGCCAAGCAGCAGCUGCAGACGAUGUUCCAGGCGAAUCGAUUCGAGGCGGCCUGCCUCUACCUCGUCUCGGUGGCCCUCACGCUCGUGAGCGCUGUGUGGCUGAAGUCGAGUCUCCUCUGCAUCGUGUUUGCCCUGGUGCAGCUGGGCUGUGUGCUGUGGUACGCGCUGAGCUUCCUGCCUUAUGCGCGGCAAACGAUCAAGGUGGCGGUGGGCUACGCAUCGAUGGUGUUUGGUCCGAUUGUGAAUGGGAUGGUGAAGGGUGUUAGCGCCUGUUUCGCGGCGGUGCUCGGGUGA